AUGCGACGAGUUAAAAAGUCCCGCAAUGGGUGUGCUAGAUGCAAGAGCAAACGGGUUAAAUGCGGAGAAGAGAAACCCCAUUGUACUCGCUGCACGCGACUCGGCAUUCGUUGCCCAGGAUAUGUCCAGUCACUUCGCUGGGUCUCCCAACCUGAACAGGCCAGUCCUGAUCCAGUAUCAGAGUAUAAGCCACCGAGUCCUGCCCGCUCUUCGAGGAUACCGGGAGACCCAUCGGUCCGAAUAGAGGACAUUGGGUCAUUAGAUGAUGCAGAUUCUAGACCACAUCAAGAGCCAGAUUCGUCUGAAUUUGAUUUAAAUGACUCCAAUGGUAUCUGCGAGGAUUUAUGGGAUCUACCAGGCAAUCGAUCGCUCCCAGAAUUGACCGAUCUCUGCACAUCAUCUGCAGCCACAUCAUCUGCAGCCACAUCAUCAGGCUUCUUGUCUCAUGAUGUUUCUGCCGUCUUUGACUUUGCUCAGUCUGGCGACACAGUCGCUGAUUUAUCAGAUCUUUUAUUCUUGAUAAGCCAACCUCAGGAUGAACCAGAUGGCCAUGAUAACAAUAUUUACCGGGAUUUCUCACCCUCAACGAUCGUGCGAAGUUACCCGCCUGCAUUACAACGCGCCCCUCCACACGAUUUCAUGUCGAUAUCGCGGUCCUUAAACAACCCAUCAUGGACGCUCAUUGAAUACUAUUUCAAAGAGGUGGCAGCCCUUUUUUCGAGCUACGAUAGUCAGAUGAACCCGUUCCGCACGACGGUCUCUCGACUAUGGGGCUCAUCACUAGCCAUGUGUCGCACAAUGCAAAGUAUGGCAGCCGCAACACUUGUGAACGACUUUCCCAAAUUUGGUCCACUUGGUAGAAAGAUGCGUGAUGAGGCUAUUGAGAUCAUUACCCGUGAAGCGGUGAUGGAUGAUAAAUCCUUGUUAGCGCUCCUUAUGCUCGGCCAGACAGCGAGCUGGCACGAUCCGACCGACUUGGGGAUUUCGCAUUUCAAUUUGUUGCGUAGGCAGCUUAAAUCGCUAGGGUCCAAUUCCACACCGCAGCCAUUUGGAUUCCCUAAAAGUUACAGUAAUAAUUACCGGUUCUUCGAGGAGGCCCUCAUCUACUGGGAGAUGCUCUUGUCUUUUGUUGCAGACAAUCAUUCCGUUCUACCGGAUGACUCGCGUGCCUCAUUUACAGAAGAGUCCCUUGUCUUACAGCGCGUCCCGCAUCCAUGGACUGGCAUCGCACGAGACACGCAAUUCACUGUACAUGAGGUUGGCAGACUUGUUCGUCGCGAACGCAAACGUAUCCGUGCUAGCAGAUUCACAUCCCUCGACGAUAUCACACGUGCACAGCUAGCCAUCGAAAAGGCGCGCGAGCUGGAAGACCGCCUACUGAAUGUAGCGCACCCUUCAGAAGCCGAGAUCAUUAGUCCAGGAGAUGACGAAACUCCAGUCUGGCAUCUGCUUACAAUGGCCGAGGUUUAUCGCUGCACCGGGUUGCUGCAAUUAUAUCGCGCUUUCCCCGACCUAUUACGAACUCGUCUUCCAAACCCCGAGGAGAACCAGUUUAGAGAUGUCCCAAGUACAGCGCAGAGUGAUCCAUUCUUCCCAAUAGACUUGGAUAGCAUGAAUCUCAGUCAGCAUACGAACCAAGAUACUCGGGGUUCCCCAGUUUCAUCUUCUUCGCAUAAUAUUAAUAUCUUCCCUCUACCUACUCAACCCCUGAACAAGGCUACAUGUGAAACCGAAGAAAGCUCUACUGGUCUAUACGAUGCAUGGCUUACUGAUUUCGCUGUCACACUUCUCUCCCGUCUGAAAACAAUUCCAUUUGAAUCGCGCACACGUUGUCUUCAACCACUUCUACUUGUUGCAUCAUCCAGCGAGCUUCGCCUACCACGGUUAUCGGCAGAUCAGAGAGAUGAGUCAGAGGGAAAUCAAAGUCAUGACAACGAACAACCUGGCACAGAGACACCCGAUAUCUCUAUGGAAGCUAUUGAAGUUUCUCAAUCCCGAAAAUUUAUCCUUGGUCGUCUGACCUCACUUCUCCAUGUGCUUGUCAAGGAGGUAUGGAGACGGAUGGAUGCUGGUGAAACAAACACCUACUGGGUGGAUGUUAUGAUUGAGAAGGGCUGGGAGACCACCAUGGGUUAA